CCUCCCAGCCGGCCGGCAGCUCCACUCCCUUCCCCGCCCCGUCGCUGCUGCCCCCGUGACGCCCCCUUAUCCCCGCUUCCUGGGCCACUCCGCGACGCUUGCCUGCAACCGAGCACGCGGCUCCUUUAAAGCCGGGGCUGAGCCUCCAAUUCGGGCUGCUGCCGCUGCCUCCUUCGCCAGCCGGGACUCGGGCCGCUCUCAGCCACCUUCCGCGCCUCCUCGCUGCUUGCACUGACUCGGGGGUGCAAAGAGAGGCGGACGGGCGCUGGCUGGUCCCAACUGCACGAGCCAAGCCCCCCGCUGUGAGCGCCGCUGUCGGGGAUGGCUGGGCUCUAGCGCUGCAGGCUUUAGGGCUGGGCAGCGGCACAGGACCCUUGCGAAGCUGCGGCUGCUUCCCUUUGGGAUCUGGAAGGGCCAACCCCGCCGAUGGUCCCUUCCUCGACAUUUUAAGUAGUUGAGGGGUUCGUCUACUGCUGUGGGAGGCGGAGAAGACCCUUUCCACUCUAAUUCCAGAUCCGGAAAAGAAAUACUGCUCUACAGAGGAUCUAUAAUGGGCAAAGAAAGCAAUGGCUUCUUACUAAUUAUUCUACUAAUUAGAAUGACUCCAAGUCUCUCUUCUACUGUCAAUGAUACUGAAGCCACACUAGAACCUAUAGCAACCGAAAAUGCAGCAAUUCGCCAGAAGAUAGUUGAUUCCCAGUUCAAAUGCUAUGAGAGGAUGAACAGAGAGCCGCCUUAUGAGAAAAAAGGUCUAUUCUGUAACCGCACAUGGGAUGGAUGGCUCUGUUGGGAUGACACCCCUGCUGGAGAAGAAGCGGAGCAAAAUUGCCCUGAUUAUUUUCCAGAUUUUGAUCCAACUGAAAUGGCCUCAAAGUCCUGUGAUGAGAAUGGAAACUGGUUCCGGCAUCCUGACAACAACCGAACUUGGUCUGAUUACACACAGUGCAAUUCCUUCACAAACGAAAAGCGUAAGAUGAUAAUGAUACUAUAUUAUAUGGCCAUAGUAGGACAUGCAUUAUCCAUAACUUCCCUACUGAUUUCCUUGGGGAUUUUCUUCUACUUCAAAAGCCUCAGCUGUCAAAGGAUAACACUGCACAAGAAUUUGUUUUUUUCGUAUGUUCUUAACUCUGUGUUUACACUCGCCUACCUCAUUGCCGUUGUUUCUGAACCAGGCCUGGUAAAAAAAGAUCCAGUAAGCUGCAAAGUGCUCCAGUUUUUUCACCAGUACAUGCUGGGCUGUAACUAUUUCUGGAUGCUCUGUGAAGGCAUUUAUCUUCAUACUCUCAUCGUGGUGGCGGUAUUUGCUGAAGAGCAGCGUUUGCAUUGGUAUUACCUCUUGGGCUGGGGGUUUCCUUUAAUACCAGCAUCAAUCCAUGCUGUGGCAAGAGCAAAAUACUUCAAUGAUAACUGCUGGAUGAGUGUUGACACUCAAUUAUUGUAUGUCGUUCACGGGCCAGUGAUGGCAGCGUUAUUGGUCAAUUUUUUCUUUCUGCUUAACAUCGUCCGAGUUCUUGUCACAAAACUAAGAGACACGCAUCGGGCUGAAUCCAACAUGUACAUGAAAGCUGUCCGAGCCACUUUAAUUCUGGUGCCCCUGUUGGGAAUUCAGUUUGUCAUUAUUCCUUGGAGACCGGAAAACAGACUUGCCGGAGAAAUCUAUGAUUACGUCAUGCACAUAUUGAUGCAUUACCAGGGUCUACUUGUGGCAACUAUUUUCUGUUUCUUCAAUGGAGAGGUCCAGGGAGCUUUGAAAAGGCAGUGGAUGCAGUAUAAAACCCAGUGGGGUCAAAGACGACGAGAGCAUUGCUCUACACGAUCUACCUCCUAUACAGCAACAUCUAUCACUGAGGUUCCCAUUUAUCUAUAUCCCCAUGACUCCAACAGUGAACAGUUCAAUGGAAAGUAUAUAGAUGACUCUGAACUUGUUGCAUUAAAAUCUGGAGAGACAUCUGCCUAGCUUACAAAAAGAGGAUACGGUUUUCUGUUUGAGCAGGAGACCAGAAGGAGAAGAUUUCGGUGUCAUUGCAAGAGCAGGCUCUGUUAGAUGACAAGAUGCAUCAUAUCUAAACCACAGAAAUGCAGCUUUCUGAUGGCGGCAACUUCAAAGGGAUCUGAAAAAGAGAGAGAAAGAGGUGCUCACUGGAUCCGCUUGCUGUGGAGAAAGAACCAAGGCUGAGUUACUCAGUGAGAGGCAUGGAAUUUUUUAGAACACAGCCAUUAUAUGAAAUGAGGAUGCUACGGUAAUAAAAACUUCUACAAGAUGUCACAUGAAGAUCUGGGAAAUAUCACUGUUUCUAUAAAUGGAUUUUUUGUUGUCUCAACUUAGCUAGACACAAGAAGGAAAUGGUCAGUAGUUUUUGCAUAAGAUUUUUUUUUUUACAAUAGACUUCUAAUCCAUAAACAUGAAUUACUCGUCAGUGUCUUGGGAAACAUUGCAUUUGAAUAGCUACAGUGCUUUUUAAGGGUUUUUGCACUUAGGGCAAAACAAUUUUUAAAAUAUCAUUCCAUUUUAUUUAAAUACUUACUGACUCAAGAGGAUAUUUUACAGUAUAAUUGUAAUAUCAAGCACAGGACAGAACUGAAGGUAAACUAUUUAUUGUGCUACCAGUGUUCAAGAUAGAUGAAGCACAUGGGAAAUACAGUGUGGAACUGGACAAUCUAAUGCAGGGCUUGAGAGACUUUGUUCAGAACAAUCAAUAACAGUUGCUUGAUAAUAACCACUGGUAGGGAAAUGGUCAGCCAUAUUUUUCAUCCCAGCAAUCAGAUAUAGGAAACAAUAAACUGUGAAAUGUGCUUGGGAAAUAGUUUUUUUUUAAGCUUACCACUGACAUUUCUCUAGUUUCAAUCAUUCAAGCUUUCUUUUACCAAUGAAAUCGUUCUGUUUAAAGAGCUCAAAGUUCCAUGGCAUAGUUAACAUUUAGGCCCGUUUCAUAAGUUAUUGCAUAAAUUAUACUACUGGUAUAAAAGCUACUUCAGUGUGACUGUUCUAGAUAUAAGAACUGCAUAGCAAGGGGGAAUGCCAAGGUUCACACCAUUCCAGUGUUAUUCUUCUGAGCACAGAGAAGGUUUAUCAUGCACAUGUGGUCCCUACAAGCAAACCUUAAGGGAAUAGUGUGGAGCACAGAAAUAUGGCUCUUGUGCUGCUGCAUGCAAUGUAUCAUUCCUAAAUCUAGUACUGCAAGUGAACAAAAUCCGAUAAGGUGUACGUCAACAUUUUGUGUAGUUAUUACAUAUUAUCAUUCCAUGCCAUCUGUUACUUUAUGGUUGCAAAUGUUACAUGGAACUUCUCCUUCCACAAUAAAAAUUUCCCCUGAA